CAGUUCUAUUUCUAUCGCGAAGCUGUGAAAUAAUGUUUUUUCUCCAAUUAUUGUCAUUUCUGGAGAUACAUGAUUGUUCCAAUUCGUGAGUUGCCAUUUUUCUUUGAAUAUACACGUUGAUUCAAUCUUGAUCAAUUCCGUUUUUUUAAAACUUCGAUAAUGAUAAACUGAUAAAAAAAGUAUGAAAAAUAUUUUGACAAUCCUCACUCCAUAACGCAUGUAAUUUUUUCACAAAAAAAUGUCAACCGUGCACUGUAAAAUUGUAUGUAAACACUCAAACACCGUAAACAUUUAAAUAACUCAUAACAAUGUUAUGACAUUUCAAUUAUGUCCUGAAAAGAUUUUAAUUACGAAAACAACUACCCUAACCUAAGAUACCAAACACUACACAUCUACUCUGAACUUUGAUGCAUAUCGAGGGAUACGAUGCAAGCGCACUUCGACGAGAAGUUGAUCUAUCGAAUUAUCAGUUGCACGUGCCUGCAAGCUUAAGCCCUUUGUAAAUCUUUCGAAAUAGUUUGCGAUGGCGUAGUAAAACGUUACUUAGGCGUAGAAGCGUACUUCAAUCACUUAAGACACGAACUAAUAAAUAGUACUUGUUAAACUCAUAUGAACAGAAUUAAAAAUCACAGAGAUGCCAAGAAAAAUAGUCGCAAAACAAUGUUCGAGCCAAGAAUCUUUGGCUUUGAUACAUCAAUGUGAAGGUCAUUCUAACCGAGAAUGUAUACGAAAUGACAAUUCAAAAAUUGUUAUGCGAAGGAGGAAGAUAUAUGAGGUAUCUAAUAGGAGGAAAAUUCUUUUUAAGUCAAAACGUAGCAAAAUUCAAAAACUAUCUCAUUGCAAUAAAAUUGGACCAUUAGAAUAUGUUUUUUAUUCUAUCCUGAAUACAAGUUAUAAUAUGGAUCAAGGAACUGCCACAGCUGCGAUAGCACGUGGUUUAAUAGCAUUGAAUAAAAGAUUAGAUUCCAAUAGCAUAACAAGCUAUUAUUUAGAUAAAUGGUCGCAAUCUGGAGAGAACAUAAUAAUUUUGGAAGGCGUCAAUAAUAAACAUUUAAAAUAUCUUUACAAAGAAGCUAAAUAUUCUGCAAUUGAUUUGCACUUUUUACAUCAAUGGUGGUCAAAUGGAAGAGACAUCAUAGUCUUAACAGUAUUUGGACUACAGGAAAAUCUACAAGAAAUUUUUGAAGGAUUAUUACCUUUACGGUAAAAUAAGAGUUAUUGAUUAGCAAUACAUACGGAUGUAUGCAUUUGUACAAAUAUUUUUUAUUUGUACUUUACAAUGAGAUGUACAUGUUAUAUUUUUUAUAAUGCACUUAUUAGAAACCUAUUGUAAUAACUCAAAAACAAAACUUUUUUGAGUUAAUACAUGAAAAUAUUAAUAGUGCAAGAAUUGAAAGUA